CAAUCACUUCCUGCGCAUAGAAACAAGAUGUCGUAUUUGGUUCCUACACCACCCGCUCACAUAAAAACACACAUUCCAACUUCAUUCACGUCGUAGUGAUUUUUAUUUUUUUAUUUUAAAACACAAUCAAUGAAUUAACAGCAUUUAUAACGUCCGAGCUGUGUUCAUGGUAUUUUUCCCGUGACGACUUUUGGAGUGGCAGAUUUCCCUGUGGCCAUUGCGCAACACGCUGACGAACCGCAGCUCCUUUUAUUAGCUAGUGAGGCUGGGCGAAGAUGACAAGCGGCUUUCUGGCACCUUCGGCCCGGUAAAGACUCCAUGUAGACGCCGGUGUUGCCACCACAUUUUAUUGCCGCUUGCCGCCGUCAUUGUGGAGUGACUUGGAUGCUGGUCGAUAUUUCCAGCUAGCUGCUAAGCACCCUUCCUUGCCAUCCUAACCUGGUCCUGACCACCAGGAAGAUGAGCGGCAUGCGCGUGGAUGCCAAGGUGGUGAUGCUGGGAAAGGAGAGCGUGGGCAAGACCAGCCUGGUAGAAAGAUACGUUCAUCAGCGCUUCCUGGCCGGACCCUAUCAGAACCAGACUAUUGGUGCUGCGUUUGUGGCCAAGCCAAUCCAAGUGGUAGACAAAGUCAUCACUCUGGGAAUAUGGGACACGGCCGGGUCGGAACGCUACGAAGCCAUGAGCAGAAUCUACUACAGAGGGGCCCGGGCGGCCAUCGUCUGCUAUGAUCUGACGGACAGCAGCAGUUUCCAGCGUGCUGCUUUCUGGGUGAAGGAGCUUCAGAAGUGUGAGGAGCACUGUCAGAUCUACUUGUGCGGCACCAAGAAGGACCUGCUUCUAGAAGACCGCAGCUUACGGCAGGUCGAUUUUCAUGACGUUCAGGACUUUGCUGAAGAAAUCAAUGCGCAGCAUUUUGAAACCUCCAGCAAAACAGGAAGCAACGUUGACGACUUGUUCCAAAAAGUGGCUGAGGACUACAACAACGCAGCUUUCCAGAACAUGACAGCCGAAGAAACAAGCGUCAACUUGGGCCAGCAGAAACACUCGUACUACUCCUUCCAGUCGUGCUGCAACAGCAACUGACCCACCAGGGUGGCGCUUGGCGACUGGGAAGAGGAACAUGGGAAGUGGGAAAAGACACUAAGAACUGACCCGGACAUGAAGACUGGUCCUCAUUGCUGUGCUGGUGGUCUCUGGCGGACCUCCUUCAAGGUGGACAGCUGCUGUGACGUGUGUUGUUUUGGAGUCCAUUGACAAGAAAACUCUUAAUUUCACUACAAAAGCCUCUUUUUUUUAUGUGGUUUGAAGCCAGAAAGCUCAUGAAUGGUCUGGUGGUUGACGCAUCACAUGAGCUGUCAUGUCCUCCUAUAAAUGUGGGGGGGGGGACUACUUUUCUACUUUCAACAUUCAUUUUCCUUCUUCUUUUUUUGUUCCUCAACCUGCAAACAUCAAGAUGUGGUCAAGACACGGAAGAAGUCUUAAAAGGCACAAACGCUCAUAAUCACCUCAGAAGCUGUAUUUAACAUUAUUUAUUGUCUUUUUCAAAACCAGAUGACACUUUUGCCUCGCAAACAAUGAAAAUAUUGUUCAAAACUUUUACAUAAGAAUGUUCUCCUGGUGUUUGUAAAAAAAACAAAACAACAACCACCUGGCAGAAUAAUGUGUGAUUUUGUGUAAUCAUCUCAAAAUGUGGCCUAAAUAUUGACCUGAUG